AUGGAUCUUUAUUAUGAUCCUUGGAUAGACAUUCAUAAGAUAAUAUUCACCAAAGAGAAAAUGAACUCCAAAUUAGUUGUACUAGCUUCAUUAUUAUUAAUAAUUGUAGUCUGCAGCGCUAAAGAAGACCAAGCAAAGCAAAAUACUGACGAUGAUAAGGAACAAUACGACUUUGCUAUUACUAGCCGUAUGGAAAAAGAUGAUGGAGACGUAGUGCGAUUUAAUAAAAGAGACCAAGAGAUUGAAGAGUUGAAAGAAGAUUUGCAACAUCUUAAGAAAGCAGUUAGUUUACGCAUAAUGAUAAUGAUAAAUCGUCUGUGUAUCUUACUGAGCCAAUAG